ACUAUUUUGUGGGCGAAGUUUCUUCAAGGCUAGAAACUCUUCAAUGUUCUAAGAUGGUGGAUAUCUUAUUUAUUGAUAAACAAUGAAUGCAAGUUGCAAAAAAAUACAUCUCGAGCUAGUGACCAUUCUAAGCUCUAUGCUUCAUUUACUGUAUUACUGAUUGUUAAAUAAGAAGGCAUAUCUGAAGGUCAACAAUUAUAAAUGAAUAUGGCAACAAUAGAGAAGCUUAUCAAAGCCUUUGAGGGGCUGAAAGUUUUCCAACCAAAUGCACAAGUUGCAGAAGAUCCCAAGAAAAAAGAUCAGAAUGUACCAACCAAGAAAGAUAAAAUUCUACACUGCAAUGUUGUUGCAGACUCUAUGUGUUCACCCAACAUGAGAACUAUUGCAGAUUUUCCUAAGUUUUUAGGCAUUGCAAUGGAAGCUUUUCUUAAUCUUUGCGAUGACCCUGAAGCAGAUGUUCGGAUGGUUGCAGAUGAAUGCUUAAACAGAACUAUAAAGGUGCUCUUAGAAACAAACUUGGGUAGACUGCAAGUUGAGCUCUACAAAGAGCUGAAAAAAAAUGGUCCAUCAAGAAGUCUUAGGGCAGCUCUAUGGAGAUUUGCUGACAUGUGCCAUCUGAUUAGGCCACAGAAGUGCAGACCAUACAUUGUAAAUUUGCUUCCUUGUGUGGCACGUAUUUGCCGUAGAGAGGAAGAGGCUGUACAGGAAACAUUGUCUACUGCCAUGCCCAAGAUCUGCUCGGCUCUAAUGCCUUUUGCCAAUGAUACAGAAGUUAAGGCAUUGUUGAAAUCUUUCCUUCCUAACCUAAGAUCUAGUUCUGCAGUCUGUAGAAGAAUGUCUGCCAGCAGUUUAGCUUUGAUUUGUCAGCAUUCCAGAGCUCCACUGUCAUUUUUCAAUUACUUGAUUGGAGUCCUUCUUGAAAUGAUAUUACCUGUAGAUACAGAGCAUGAUGUUCAUACUUUGCUUGGUGUGAUUCUGUGUUUGCGUCAUGCCAUGCCUCAUUUAUCACCAUCCAAUACAAAAGAUCAGGGUCUGAAAGAUAGCUUUGGUUACAGGGAGGCAGAAGCAGAGCAAGCCGUUGGAGAGGAGCAAAUGGUUAAAAUCUUGCAGGCCUUGCUCCACUACACUGGACACAGUGACCACAAUGUUGUCACAGCUGCUCUAGAGUCACUGCAACAGUUGUUGCGUACGCCCCCACCUACAUUGAGAAAGAUAUUACUCACCCCUGGCAGUAUCUCGAGGACUUAUAUUUUUAGUCAUGACAUUGAUGAUGAGAACCAUGGACGGAUAGAAAGUGUCCUGGAUUUGCCGUCAAUGUCUGAUGAUGCAAGUCUUGAUGAAGAUGGUGAUGCAGAUGUUAAUGUUCAAGCACAUUUAGCAAAAAAAACAUCAACAGUUUUACCAGAGGUUGAUCUAAAAUCUACAAAUAGUCAACAAAAGGGCCAAAACUCAGGGUUAAUAGAGUCAUCAUUACAAGAGCAAAGGGACCAUAUUGAUAACCAGACAAUUGUGGUGACUGAUGGCACAGAAUAUUCCAGUGUGGAAAUUGGGGAUAUCAAUGAAGAAAGAUCAGAAUUGUCUGCAUCAGGUAUGUCACACAGUGAAAGUAUUGAGACUUUACAAAGUGUCCGCAGCAUUAGCCCUAACACAGUUCAGAUGGCACCUGUCCAGCUUCCAGGUCAUGACAUGAAUGGUAAUCCCCAGAUAAUAGUUUGCCCUGGAGAUGAUGGGGCACUCCCUCCUGCUAGUCCUAUUCCAAGUGGUGUUGAAGCAAUACAACAGAUUACUAUGGAACAAGAUUCUCUGCAGGAAGUUGAUGUACCACUUCUCUUUUAUAUGCGUCUGCUCUGCAAGCGUUUCCUCUUGACUGGAAUGACUGAAGGUCUUGUACCAGACAAGCAAGUCAGAGUCAGCUUAAAGUCACUGGCUCUAGGAUGUGUGUCAUGCAGUCUAGCAUUAUGUCCCAGACUGUUUCUUUUCAAACUUUGUCCCACGGCUGUUAAUUCAGGCAGUGAUCAGAAUAUUCAAGACAUCACUUUGUAUGCUGGUCAUCCUGACCACCAAUUGAAAGGUCAAACAGCCAUUGUGAUAGGAAGUUUUGUCAGAGCUGCUCUGACAGAGGGCAGGGGAAAUUUUCAUCAGUGGAUUAUGGCAAACAAGCCCCCAUCACAAAAUGUGUUAACCUUAGAUGCCCUAUUGAAAAUCAUUGUGAACAUUAUGGAAGAUGAGUCUGCGGUGGCUAUUAGAGCAGCAUUAGUAGCCUUGCAGAUGUGUCUGGCUCACCUCUUGGAUAGCUGUCAUGGGCGCCUGGGAUUAAAUAUUUUAUUUGAUUUGCUGAUAGUCAGGUCUAAUCCUUAUUGGUUGGUCAAGGUGGAACUAUUAGAAUUGAUUGGAGGAUUGAAUUUUAAAGUCAUCAGUUAUUUAGAGUCAGUGUCUCAAGAUAUCAUCAAGGGAGAUCAUAACUUUCUAGGUAAGAUGUGCCUGCAGGAGCAUAUUUUUCAAGAGAUAGUUCUUCAUUUACUUGGAGAUGAAGAUGCCAGAGUGCGUACUGCUGCCUCAUCAGCUAUAGCCAGAUUGGUGACAUCAUUGUUUUUCCCUUCUGACAACCCUCAACAAGAUCCAGUCAUCUCCAUAGCCGCUGACCAAACUACAGAUUUGCUGACUCCCAUAAUGCACCCUUUCCUUACUGGUCAGCUGCCACCACUUGUUCAGGGGCUCAUAGAGCCUUUCAUGUUUGACAUUUUGGAAGAGAUAAAUCCUUGCAUUGAAAGUGCAUUGUCUCGUGUUGUUCAGCAGUUACUGCAUUUAUUGUUGGUCUCCCAAUCCAGAUAUAUCACGAGUGGGUGCUGUCAAGCCCUGUGCCGCCUGUCAGAAGAAUAUCUCAUAACACAGUAUGCACCAUCCUGGGGUUGUGGUCCAGCCAAGCCAAUAUCUACCAAGGAAAAGGUUGAGAAACUGGGGAUGAGAAGGCCUCCAAACAGAUCUUUGAGUGCAUCAAGCAUGGAUGAGUUGACAACAGCAUCUGGAGGAGGACCACUGCCAAUAGUUCUCUCUUUGUUGUUUUCUUCACAGGCUGGACUUGAACUCACCACUCAUCAAGAUCUGCUGCAACUUGCAGGAAAUCUCAUUUGUGGCGCUGCAUACAGAAAUCUGCAGUCCAUAGAGAUUACUGAGAAAAGUCCAGGGUCUGAAGAGGAUGGCCACUGGGCUACUGUGACUGACAGAUUUUUGGUGCCAAUGAUAGAACAGCUGUUUGUGCAUACUGCUAGGCUAUUGAAUGCUUGCACCCACGCUAUUGAAGAAACCACACCUGGUCCACCUCAGAUCAAGCCUUCUCUUCCUUCUCUGCCCAAUGCUGCCACACUUAGCCCAGUGAGGAGAAAGAUGAAAGGGGAAAAAGAAACAAAUGUUCCAGGCCCAAGUGGUUCACCGGAUCCAAAAUCUGCCCAAAAGACACCAGGAAAAGAGUCUAAAGAAGGAGACAAAGACAAGACUAGGAAAGAUGGUGUUGGUUCCUUUUUUAACAUUCCACAAUACAUGAAACUGUUUGAAGUUCUUAAAGGAUCGUAUUCUAACUUUAAAACGUCCCUAGAUUUGACCAGCAGUGAUAAGUUUUGUACCAUACUGAGGACAGUUUUAACCGUUUUGUCGCAGCUGUUGGAGAUAGCCACACUGUAUGACAUUGGUAAAGUUACUGAGGAAAUUCUUGGUUAUUUGAAGGUCACAAUGGCCCUAGAGCCUACAUGGACAGUCCUUUGUGUACAGCAGUUACUGAAAGCCUUGUUUGGUACAAAUCUGGCUAGCCAAUGGGAUGCUAAUAGUCAGGCUGCUACCUUCCUUACAGCUGAUCUCAGUUCACGGGCUGCUGGAGGUUCAAGUCCUGGGCUUUAUUACCACUGCCUCAACAAGCCCUAUUCACAGCUUGCCCACUGCCUGGUUGGAGCUGCAUGUAGAGCUACACUUCCAGCUGAUGAAGCUCAUAGCUCCCUUCUGUGGUUGAAACAAAGAGUUGACAGGAAGCUUCCAGCUAUACUCAAACCUUCCAGCAAUGUUGACAAAAAUGCCAUUGGUUCAUAUAUCCGUCUGUUUGAGCCUCUAGUUAUUAAAGCUCUUAAACAAUACACAGUUACUUCAAGUUUGGAUUUGCAGUGCCAAGUUCUGGCUUUAUUGGCCCAACUAAUUCAACUGAGAGUCAACUAUUGUCUUUUAGAUUCAGACCAAAUUUUUAUUGGUUUUGUCAUCAAGCAGUUUGAAUUUAUUGAAGAAGGGCAGAUUAGAAACUCAGAACUACUGAUACCACACAUCUUUCAGUUUCUGGUUAUGUUGUCUUAUGAGAAGUUUCACAGCAGGUCUAUCAUAGACAUGCCUAGAAUCAUUCACAGGCUGGACGGCAUAAUGGCCAGCGGUCUACAACCCACAACGCACGCUAUUCCAGCCCUGAGACCAGUUGUCUAUGAUUUGUUUCUCCUAAGAGGAACAGUCAAGUCAGAAGUGGGUAAGGACUUGGAGACUCAGAGAGAAGUUGUGGUGUCUAUGUUACUUAGACUUGUCCAGUAUUAUCAGGCUCUGGACAUGUUUUCCUUAGUGUUACAACAGUGUCACAGAGAGAGUGAGGAGAGGUGGAAGAGACUGUCACGCCAGGUGAUGGAUGUGCUGUUACCUGCUCUAGCCAAACAACAGAUAAAUGUUGAUUGUCAGAAUGCACUUGAUGUUCUUCAUAGACUGUUUGAGUCAGUCUCUCCUAGCGUCUUUCGACCUGUGGAUUUCUUAUUAAAAACUCUGCUAGCUCCACCUCAUGAUGUGAGUGACCUUCAGAGUCUACAGAAAUGGCUGUGUCUUGUUCUCAUUAUUCUUAGGGUCUUGAUUUCUCAGUCGAAGGAGGAGGUCAUCUUAUCCAGGCUAACAGAAUUACAGCUCCAUGUUUGUCUGCUCAGAGAUGCAAGUGAAAAUUCAUCAGCUAACUCUGUGGUAGAGUUGUUGAGAAAUCUGGCACCAGAAGAGACUGUUGCUUGGUUUUUAUUACAAGUCAUUGGCAAGUGUUCUGAGAUGUUAAACAAGGAGACGUCUGUGUUGAGUGCCACUCCCCAUCAUUCCAACCUGGCUACAUCUAGUGCUAGUGGUCUAGCUGUAGAGAAAUGUAGAUUCCUGCUUCAGCAGUCCUUACAUCUCAUGUUGUAUAUAACACACAUGUUCCAGUCUGGUUUGUUUCGGAAGGUAGCUACUGCAGCGAUGAGAUUGCUGCAGCUGGAAUCUCCAGCUUGUAUGUACAGUGUGGGUGAAAUCAAUGAACAUAUGGUGGGAGUCAGCAAUGUCUGCCCUUCACUCACCCUACACUGGUGCAAUGUUCUGAUCCUGCUCAACUUUGAUGACAGAAGUCUGUGGACUCGAGUUGUCCAGACUCCAUCAACAUAUAAAGUCAAUGAGUCGAGGGGAGACUAUGCUGUGAACCCAGACUACAGUGAAGUUAGUGGAGGUCAUCAUGCUAGGCCAUCGCAAUGUUGUGGCUUGGAGAUGCUGAGACGAGGAGGGCUGAUACUUUUCUGUGAUUAUGUAUGUGAAAAUUUAAGUGAUGCAGAACAUAUGACCUGGCUAAUUAUCAACCAUGUUAGUGACCUCAUACUGUUGUCUCAGGAGUCCCCUGUGCAAGAUUUUAUUAGUGCAAUACACAGGAACUCUGCUGCCAGUAGUCUGUUUAUUCAGGCCAUUCACGCAAGAGGAGACAGCAUCACCAAGCCAUCUAUGGUCAAGAGGACAUUGAAGUGUCUGGAUGCUGUUCACAUCUCCCAAAGUGGAUCACUUAUAGCGUUGUUAAUAGACAAGUUUCUUGGUUGUCACAGGCUGGCCAUUGCUAGGAUGACUGAUUCUAUUGUUUGCCAGAGACUGGAAACAUUGCUUGGAGAAUCUACAGAAGAGAUUAGUAAACAAUUGCCCAAAGAAGACAUUGAGAAAUUAUUACAGUUUCUGAAAUCAAAUGGUCUGAUAAAAAGGCAUCAGCGUUUGACAUCAUUACUAAGGAAGUUGUGUCUAGCUGCUGGUUCAACAGCUGAGAUAAAACUAUCACCUGAGAGAUCACAUCCAUUGUUUGUAGUUCCGCAAGAAAUUGCACAAAUUUCUAUUGAUAAGAUGUUUUACCUGUCUGUGGUCAGAGAACAGUGCUUUCAGCCAGCCCCCAAUACAAGGGAGUGUGCUUAUUUAUUACAAAGACUGGAGUAUCCAGAUAUUCUUUCUGUUACUAUGACAAAGGAGUUUAAUUUGUCAAUAUUAGAAGAGUGCAUGUCUCUUGGAGCAUUCCGUUCUGUGCUGCGCUACAACCGUGACCAUGACCUUGGCUCUUUGAGUCCCCAAGUCAGCACAAAAGAACCCAUACUUGAUCCAUUGUUCCAGGCCUCUCAAUUAACCCUGUUCCGUCACAUCAAUAAUGUAGUCAUCCAGCUUCCGUCACCACAUCAGUGUUUGGUCUUUUCAGAUUCUGCUCCGGCAUCUCACUUACACUAUAUGGAUCGCAUUGAAGAAUUGUUUACUGAGGCCCAGUGGGUGGAGAACAACUUCUGCCUGGCAUCUGCUCUGGUCAGGUACAUGGUGUCAUUGAGUCAGUUCACAUGGAAGGCAGAAGUACCGCAGGAAAAUCUAAAGGACAUCAUAAGCUUUACAGUUUUGUGUGCAGAGCUUAUUCAUUGGUCUGUGGAGCAUGAUAUGUUGCCAGAUUCUGAGCAUGUCCAGAAUUAUCUUUCAUGUUUGUCACUUCUGUUACAAGAUCCAGUUAUCCACUUGCUGAUUGGUCAGACAGAAUAUGCCACACAUGUCUGUAGCAUUGUCAGCUUUCUGCACCAGCUUCUGUCUUCAUUGGCUGUACUGCCUGGUGAGCCUGUGGCCUCAUUGUUUCAAGAUGACCGUCGGGAAGAUGCUGAAGAUGAUGAUGUUUCUUUGUCAGCAUGUUUAAUCAGAGCCUGUGAUGAGAUUUCUGAGCUGGUGCAUUGUCUACACACCAGGCUUGACCCCAACUCUAGUCCUGAACCACAACUACCUCCGUUCCUGGCAUCACCUUUCAGAAAUAUCAUUAUUGCUGUGUCACGCCUACCUGCAGUCAACACCUAUGCACGUACUCCACCUUUAGUCUGGAGGUUGGGCUGGUCCCCCACCCCUGUUGGUGAACUGAGAACAUGUUUACCUCCAUUACCUGUGGAGUACCUACAGGAGAAGGAUGUGUUGAAAGAAUUUGUUUCCAGAAUCAACUCUCUUGGGUGGGUCAAUAGACAACAAUUUGAAGAAAGCUGGAUGAGUCUUCUAGGGGUACUGAAUCCAGUCUCCCACACAGGGCAUGAGUUAUCUCCAGAGGAAGAAAUAGAGCAGGCCCAAGGUAUGGUGUUAGCUGUGAAGGCCAUCACAAGUCUUCUACUACAGUCAUCUCUUGUGCCCUAUGCAGGAAACCCAAGCAACAGUUUCUAUGAAGUUAGACCCAGAGACAAACCUUUAGCAUUUCUACACACACGAUGUGGUAAAAAGCUGUCACUUAUUCGUGGUUUAAUAGAACAAGAGAUUAUUAAUUUAUGUGCUUCUAGGCCUGACAGACUUGUGUCUCAAGCCUACAGUGGUAUUCCAUCUGACAAAUUCAGACUAAGUUUAUUUGAUGGCAAUUUGGAGAGAGAGCUGGGUGUUGAGGAAUUUAACUUGGGUCAGAUUUCUGUUGAGUCCACUUGGUCACUAGUAGGUAGUCUGGAUACCAACUUGUCCAACUCUGACACAACAGACUCCAUGGAUAGUCCCAGUGGUCAGCCAAAAUCACCCACCUCACACCCCACUGCCAGUGGGGUCAAGUUCUCAACCAAUCGUUCCAUCUACCACUGCGGCCUGGACAUUCACUCGUGUCUGCAGUUCUUGCUGGAGUUGUACGGAGCCUGGCUUCACUUGGAAAACAAUCCCAAACCUCCUUUGAUGUUGCUCAAUGCUGUGGUGAAGUCUAUGGUGUGUUUGUCUGACCUGUUUAUGGAGAGGGAGCAGUUUGAGUUCAUGCAGGACAUCCUCCUGGACCUAUUGAAGGGUCAUCCUGUGGAAGAUGAACUUAUAACUCAGUACCUGACUGUUGGAAUGUGUAAAGCAACAGCUGUAGUUGGCACAGAAGCACUAGUCAAUGAUAGAGUUGUGAAGCUGGUAGAUGCUGGCCUGAAGAGCACUCACUUACCCACCAAAAUUUCAGCUCUGCAUGGCUCACUGUACCUCCUUGAAGGUGGGAUCACAGAUCUGAACACCAGUCUCUUACCAAUACUGACAGAUUUUUUAUCCAAACAUUUAGCCAUUGUGAUAUCUCAAUCUUGUAUUAUAAGUCAACAGUUUGUCAUCACUAUGUGGGCAGUGGCUUUUUAUAUUAUUGAAAACUUUAACAAUGAAAUUAAAGACACAGACUUUGUGUCUAAAACUCUUCAGCUAGUUGUUCAGACCGCCUCUGGCAAUGAAGAGAAUGUGUCGACUUCUGUCUUCUUGACCGUCAUGAAAGGUACUGAGAGACUUUUGUUGACUGACGUCUUGUCACAGAGUGAUACAGAACUGAUCAUCAAACUCAGCAUGGACAGGCUGUGUCUCCCUAACCCUCAGAGGGCUCUAGCAGCAUUAGGUCUAAUGUUCACCUGCAUGUAUUCAGGUAAAUCUAUGGAUCAGUACAGUCCUCGACCUAGAGAGGAACAAGUUUUUGUAGAUAGCGGCUUUCAGUUGUUACAUCAGGAUCCUGACUCACUUAUACUGGCCAUGGAGAGAGUAACAGUAUUGUUUGAUAGGAUCAAGAAAGGCUAUCCAUAUGAAGCCAGGGUUAUCACAAGACUGCUACCUGCUUUCUUGGCAGAUUUUUUCCCAGCUCAGGACAUAAUGAACAAAGUAAUUGGAGAGUUCUUGUCAGCCCACCAGCCCUACCCCUACCUGAUAGCCAAAGUGGUAUUCCAGGUAUUUGCGACCCUCCACCAGCAGCAACAACAAGGACUGGUCAAGGAGUGGGUCAUGCUCAGCUUGUCUAACUUCACCCAGCGCUCACCUCUGGCCAUGGCCAUGUGGAGCCUAACUUUGUUCUUUAUUAGUGCAUCUACCAACGUCUGGCUCAGGUCACUCUUUCCUCAUGUGAUUGGGCGAAUGGGCUACAUGGAAACAGCGGACAGAAGUCUCUUCUGUAUGUGUGCCCUGGACUUCUAUCGUCAGCUGGUGGAGGAGAGUCACAAGAGAGCCUUUGUUUCCACAUUCCUAACAAUUGCUGCACCAGAUUCCCCAUACUCAGACCUUGUACAGUGCAUAUCUAGCAUUUGAAGCAACUGACCAGUGGUCAAGAUGAUGUGACCAUUUCUUUCUGCAGCAGAUUAGUAUCAAGGGAUAUUAGUAGAUUCUUUGUUGGCCGACACCAUUCCAGAAAAGGACCCACUGAUGGCACCACUGUCGGUUUGAUCAAAGCAGCUGUAACGGUUUGACUGAAGCAGCUCAAUGAAAAUGUUAGCCAUGUGCUGGUUCAGCCAUAUUUGUUUGUUUGUUCUGUCAUUGUAUCUAGAUGUACACUAUAUUUUCAUUGUCAGUUCACACCAACAGUUUAUUGACAAUAUUAAUUUUAUCUCAGCAAAAACAUUUGUUGUGCAAAUAUCCAAUCCAGGGUUGGUGCUGGAAUGAAGGGAUGGGAAAGGGGGGGGCCCACACAAAUACUUGUUAAGACUUCACAGCACACUCACAAAGAUGAUGUGAACCAUAUACAACUUUUGCUCAGUUCUAUUUGCCGAAUGUUAUGUUUAAUGUGAUGACAACAGUCAAGAGCUUAUUCAUGAUUUGGAUGGUUAGGCUUUGUGUUCUACUAUUCAGCUAGUCAUUGAUUUGUUAGAAGCUUUUUUUUUUUUUUGUGUGUACAUUAUUUCCAAUGUAUCAGAGCAAUAACCCAGGACAUUCACUCCAGAAAUAGGUUGGUAGCUAGAGGAAAUCUAAAGUACCGGUAUGAAAUUUUCAUCAUUGUUGAGGGUUCUUGUCCAGAGCUUUUGAAAGAGCCUUCACUCACAUGGAGAUUGAUGAUGAUGAGCAUUAUUUGAAGAAUUGACCGAAUUAAAUGAAAAUGUGAUGGUUUUAGAAAGUCUAAGAACUAAAAUUAAUUUUGGCUGUUGUUUUUUUUUCAUGCAUUUUAUCCUUUCUACUUUUGAAUUCUCUUGUUUUAUUGAACUGUUUGAAACUUUGUGCACAUUGUCGUCUGCUUGAACUUGAACCAGUUGAUUUGACACAGGAAGCAAAACGAAUGAGAGUAAGGAAUAUGCAGUUCUUAUUUUUCUUGCUGUGUAACGCUUUUGGUUCUGCCAAUACAUGUUACUUUAUUAUGGUUUCUUUAACUAUGAAAUGGUUCCAUCACUUUGUUACGGGGUGUUUGAUGGAUUCAGUCUAGAAUGUUUCAUACUUACAAGACUUCUUCUGGAUGUUGUAGAUGUAUUAUUUUAUGAAAUAAAUUUACAUGUCAGUUAUUACUUUU